CUCAGAGACGAAACGCACCGCUUAGAGCUUAGAGCUUCUCGGUUCCUGACAUUAAACCCUAAUCUAAACCCUUAACUGCAUUUUCUUCCCCAAUUGUUUGCCCUAGAAAUCCAAAUCCAAACCACAUUUAGAGAGAGAGAGAGAGAGAGAGAGAGAGAGAGAGAUGGGAGGAUCGCGAAGAAAGUACAAGAAGUCGAGGCCAAAGGUACGGGUAGGUCUGCCAAAGAAGAAGCCGAACGUGUUCAAGCCGGCCUUCAAUUUCCCUCCCAAGCUUCGCUCUUUGCUCGAAGAAGAAAGCAAUCUCCCCAAAUGGGACGACCAAGCCAGCGUCAUCCAAAACUACAAGUCGUUUGGCGUCGUUUCCAACCCCAACUUGCUCGGCGUUCGAUCCCGAACCCCUCACCUCAUCCAAAGCGAUUCUCUCCAGGUCCCCCUGCCGCCUCCGACCUCCAAUUCCAACGGCGACGCCGAGUUUGAUGGUCUCGCCGAUACCGGAAGCGAUCUCGAAGAAGACGACUUGAAAUCAGCGCUGGGAAAGAAACGAAGAGAUGGGAAAUCUGCGCCUCCACAACCAUUGACUGCCUUGCAGCGGCGUCAUAUUGGCCUGUUCAUUGAGAAACAUGGGGACGACUAUCAGAGUAUGUUCAUGGAUACAAAACUGAAUUCUAUGCAGCAUUCUGUUGCAACCUUGGAGAAGCUAUGCGGAAGAUACCACAUGUGUAAAGACAAAAAUCCAUUGAUAUGUCCCAGUUGAGAAUGACUCUGGUCUGUGUGGUAUGCACGUUUUUGGGAGAGUUUUGGACUAUAAUGCGAGAGCUGCUCUCUCGUAUUCCUACUUUUGAUAAUUGAUGUUAUUCUCAUAUUUCUUUGAACUUAAAAUGGUUUAAUUGUCCUAUUUUAACUAGUAAUUCUGAAUCUAAGAGCAUCUCUGAUGCAAUACCAAAUUAAUGUACUAAUACCAAAUUAUGGUAUUUGAGUAGGAAAUUUAUUCUGUAAUGC